AUGGCGAAGUACAGUGGCGGCGAGUCAGUGAACGAGCUGGACUGCAAUUCGGCGCAGGCGACUGGGCGUAGCCGGUACCUUCCUCAGGGACAUUGGGUGCAGAGGAUUCGUACAGCAUUCUCUGUCAAGCAGGUGCUGCCGUUCUACAUUAGGACGCGCCUGAUGGAGUUCCCAGGAUUUACGGGGCUUUUCCUCGCUGCAGUUGUAAGCGCCGGAACAAGCACAGUAACCUCAUCAAUCAACUCCAUGACAGCUUUGCUGCAUGUGGAUGUGCUUCCUUAUUUCUUCAAGAGUGCCAGUUCUGACGCCCCAUGUAGAACACAGGGACUAGCAUUCCUUCUCGGUGCCGUCAUGACACUUUACAGUUGCGUUUGUGUUUACAUGGGAUCCGUCACCAGGGCUAUGAUCCUCGUAUACUCUGCAGCCGCUGGUCCAUGCAUAGGUUUGCUGCUUCUGGCGGUAGGACUCCCAUUUGUACAUUCUAAGGGUGCCGGAAUUUCAACUCUGGUCUUCUUCUCCAUUCAGCUGUACUUCCUGUGGCAAAGAAUAGACAAGAAAAUAUUGCCACAACGUAUGCCAGUAACGCUUGAGUACUGCCCAGGAAACAUCACCUUCAUGCAGAAGAUGUUAAAUGAUACAUACACUUGGAGCACACAUAGGUACCUGGGCCAAAGUGAAGCUGUACUGCGUGAAUCUGGUGAUGCCGACAAAAAUGUUCACAAUGCUGUUGCCCAGAGGAAAGUGAACAAUAGACUGCUCCAAAGUUCAACGCCACUAUCCUAA